GUUCCCAUCCGGUCACAGAGCUUGGCCACGAUGUCUCCAUUCCGCUCUGCACUCCGUACUGUUCCUUAGAGUCAGCACACCAGGUUCCCCCAGUGUGAUAGCAUCUAAGGUUGGAGGCCUAGGAAAGGCUUAGGUAGUGCGGCUACACUCCACCCUUAAAACUUCUUCAGUGCUGUACGUUUUCUUUAAAAUGUGAAUAUCAGAUUAAUUUCCAAGUCACCUUAGGCAAUUAUUCCACACAAGCCCUGACAGCAAGCUCCGCAAAAGGUUCCGGCCGCGACUACUCAUGGCAGCGCCUCUCUCAGACUACACCUACAAUAAUGCACCAGACCAGCGAGCCCCACCUCCUCACCCUCUGUUGUGUGAAAGGUGAUUAUGCCGUCACUUCCGCCGCAUGGUGCAGGCUGGGAAUACGAGUCGCGAUUAGCCAGCGCCCGCCGCGCUUUUCAGCGGGCUGAGGCGCGCGAAGCGGUAACGAGCAGGAACGGCAGAACGAAAGUUCUUCGUAACUACUAUUCCGGCAAUGGAAGCUGAAGAAAUAAUGGAAUGUAUCCAGGAAUUCCCAGAACACUAUAAAGUUAUUUUGGAUAGACUGAAUGAACAACGUGAGCAGGACCAGUUCACAGACAUCACUCUGAUUGUGGAUGGUCACCAUUUCAAAGCUCAUAAGGCUGUUCUUGCUGCCUGUAGCCAGUUCUUCUACAAAUUCUUCCAAGAUUUCACUCAGGAGCCCUUGGUGGAGAUUGAAGGUGUAAGUAAUAUGGCAUUUCGUCACCUAAUAGAGUUCACCUAUACAGCAAAACUAAUGGUCCAAGGUGAGGAGGAAGUAAAUGAUGUUUGGAAAGCAGCUGAGUAUUUACAGAUGUUAGAAGCAAUCAAAGCACUUGAAAUCAGGCCUGUGUUUGUCUUAAUAGGUGAAAAACCAUUUGAAUGUCCAAACUGCCGUGAACGUUUUGCUAGGAAUAGCACACUCAAAUGUCACUUGACAGCCUGUCAGUCUGGAGCUGGAGCUAAAAAGGGAAGAAAGAAGCUAUAUGAAUGUCAGGUUUGUAACAGUGUGUUUAACAGCUGGGAUCAAUUUAAAGAUCACUUGGUAAUACACACUGGUGACAAACCCAACCACUGUACCUUAUGUGAUUUGUGGUUUAUGCAAGGCAGUGAGCUGAGAAGACAUCUCAAAGAAAUGCACGAUAUUUCAGAACGACUAGUGACAGAAGAGGUUCUUCCAGUGGAAGCUGUGGACAUUGAACCAGUAACAUCAAUGACUAUAAUAGAACAGGUGGAGCAAGUCCACAUCCUACCAGUAAUUCAGGUACAAGUGGAUCCUGCACAGGUAACUGUGGAACAGAUGCACGAGGAUCUCAUACAGGACAAUCAAGUGAAAGGCAUGCAGAUGGAUGAACUGCAAGAACAGGUGCAAAUUAGUUACUUGGAAGUUGAGCACAUUCAGACUGAACAAGGUGCUGAAGUUCAUGCGGAGCAGUUGCAUGUUGAGCAUGUAAAUCAAAUACAGAUGGAAGAAGUACGGGCAGAACUUAUAGAUGGAACAAACCUUGAACAAGUAGAAUAUGAAAGUGUUGAUCAAGGAGAAGCAGAAAAAAAGAAACCUAGUCACAUAGGUGAUGUAGAUAAGGAAGAUCAUGAACAAGCUGAAGACAAUUAGUGGACACUGAACGAAAAGGUGGAUGACUAGGACAAUUAACCACACUGUGCAGGUUUACAAAUGAAAUGCCAAAUUACAUUUGUGAACUUUUACAUUGGCUUUUGAACCAUCAGUGGUCAUCUUUCCAGUAUUAUUUCCUUAGAAAUCUGGAUAAGUGGACCAAAGUUAGUUUUCUUUGUGUACAACUAAAUUUCUCUCGUGAAAAAUAACUAAUUCAUGUAAUAACACAGAGCAAACUACCAUAGAGAUGGAUAUCUUUGUGAGGAUUUUGAUAAUCCUCACAAAUCACUGUUAUACCAUCCUUGGGUAUAGUCUUUUCUUCUUGCCAUAGAAGCAAACUCUUGUUAUAGAUUUGCAGAAUGUCUGUCUGUGGCAGAAGAAUUAGUAAAAUCUGGUGGGUUCUAAUAUAAAUGACCAAUGAGGUACCUAUGAGUUUUCUGGGCAGACUGUUUGCCAUCCAACUGCAGUGUUGUAUCUAACAGCAGUCCCUACAUUUCUUUAAUCUGAGAAGCGUUAUAUCAAGCUGGAACUUAUGAACUUUCAGGGUGGGAGAAAAACCAUUUUUGCUGGAGGUCUUGGAGCACAAAAAUCCUGUGCCUUUUCAGCACUGACUGGUUAAAUCUCCACAAAGGUCCUAGUGUGCUCAAGAACCUAGUUCAGUAAAAGGUGAUGUAAGUAAUGUUAUAAUGCUUUACAUUUUUGCUUAAAAUUAAUUGUCAAAUAAUGUUGGUUUUUUUUUGCAUUAAAUUUAGAAUGGGGCAGGUUGAGGGAGGAAACAUUCCAUGUGGAGGCAAUAGGACAUUCUAAAAGGAACACAUUAAAAUAGGAAAAGCUCAGUAGAAUCUGUGCUAAACAUAUGCUGAUAGCUUUCUUCCAGCUCACUCUUAUAAAUCUUCAUUUUUGAAAAUGAAUGGGCUUAAACAAAUUAAGAAGACUCAUCUCUAUGGUAUCAGGUUCCUGUUCUUUUGAAAUUAAGUUUUGACACUUGACACAAAGAUGACAUGCUAAAAAUAGAAGUAAAAGCCAUAGGUAUGAGUGCUAAACUGUGGAUUAAAGGUAGGAGUAAAUAUUUUAAUCGAUAUUGGACAAUAAGGCAAUACCAACCAUGAGAUGUUCAUUAUUUGCUUCAUCCAAUAAACUAGGAACAACUGAGUGACUGGCAAUUACAGUGCCAGAUCCCAGUGUUAAGAGUCAAUCUCAUUUUAAUAAGAUAAAUAGUUUGUUACUGUGAAGUUUGUUUAGAAAAUAUUGGUCUGGCUCUGUGUUCAGCCAUGCUAAGGACUUCUAAUUCUCAAUUAUUACCUUGAGAUUAGAGCCAUUCCAUACUUAUGAAAAACUUUCUUUUCAAAGCCUUAACUGAAGGGAGGAAUUCUUUCAAGGAAGUUCCCUAAUGCACUUAGUAAUCCUGUAGAUCUUAGUUAAAAUCAAACUUUUCUAUUCAGUUUUCUCCUAAGGUAGAAAUAUUUCUUCAAAUCUGUGCUUCUAUUUAGUCUCAUUCAAAAUGAUUCUUGUGUUUCAUCUUGCCCUUUGAGAAACUGUUGCAAAAGAAACAUGGAUCUCAAUUAAAAAUUUUAACAAUGUGAU